GUCACUCUGUAAACAAUAUAACAGAUCAAAGAAGUCGCUCAGAACUGUCUUUCAUAUUCUAAUCAGUAAUUGUCAAUUUUAAAUCAUGUAAAAUUUAUAAAUUCAGUAAUACAAAAUUCUUAGUAUCAUCACAAAAUGAAUAAUAAUCCAUUGCUGCAUAUAGUUACACAACAUCUGUAUAUCCAAUGAAUAAUUUCGUUAACAAGGUCUCCAGACCGUUGCUUUCAAGAAAUGUGACUAGAACAUCAAUGCUUAGGGUUCUGGCUAGUACCCCACCUCAACAAACACCUCGACAAGAGCCACCACAACCAAAGACUCCUAAAAAUACCAAUACCUCCAUGAAAUAUGGCGUGCUAGGCACGCUAGGUGUAAUGAUGCUAACCGGAUACAUACUUAAAAGAAGACGCGAAAGAGGUAUCGAAGAAUAUGAAAAUUUGGAGUACAGAAAAAACGUAGGGGAACUGAUAAGAUCAAAGACACAAGAGUCAGAGGAAUUCAAAAAACCAGAGACCCUGAGAGAACGAUACAAUUUCAUUAAUACGGUCGUUAAACAAUGCGCCCCGGCUGUAUUUUACUUGGAGAUCAGAGACCCUAACAAGAAGGAUGUUGACGGAAAACCGCUGAUAACCUCAAAUGGAUCUGGAUUCAUCAUCAGCGAGGAUGGAUGGGCCCUUACCAACGCCCACGUGAUCUUGAACAAGCCCCAUUCAAUAAUAAACGCUAUCUUGAGAGACGGUAAAAGCUAUCCAGUAACAGUUGAAGACGUAGACAUGAACAUAGAUUUGGCCUUGUUGAAAUUGGAGGCGAAAGAUAAGGUGCCGAGUUUGAAGUUUGGCGAAGGUGAUAUCGCUGUUGGAGAAUGGGUGGUUGCCUUGGGCAGUCCUUUGUCAUUGAGUAAUUCAGUUACUGUUGGAAUUAUCAGCUGCGUAAAUAGACCGGCCCACGACCUGGGAUUAAAAAAUUACUCAAUGUCUUAUAUCCAGACGGAUGCAGCCAUAACGUUCGGAAAUUCAGGUGGACCGUUGGUUAAUUUGGACGGGAACGUAAUAGGAAUUAACAAUCUCCGGUUAACGUCCGGGAUAUCCUUCGCAAUCCCCGUAGAAUACGCUAAGAGGUUCUUAGAAAAUACGAAAUACAAAGUGAAGGGAAUGCGAAGUGUCGGUCCGAUGGGAAAAUCAUUGUUCGGUAUUACCACAAUUUCUAUUACACCAGAAGUUGUCAAAGAACUCCAACGAAACAACAAUCAAGUACCGAAUGAUAUUAAAAAAGGACUUCUUAUUUGGAAAAUUGUUCCGGGAACAGCUGGCGCAAAGGGUGGCCUUAAAGUGGGCGAUAUCAUUACACAUAUUAAUGGAGUUGCUGUGACUUGUCCAGCGGAUCUUUAUGGGGGUACAUCGGAAAAGAAAACCAUUGAACUAGAAUUGAUUCAACAAGGCAAAAAAGUGCGCAUACUCAUACAACCGGAAAUGUUUGAUGGAGAGGAUUGGUGAUUCUUUAAAUCUUGGAAAUUACGUCAAAGAAAACGACGGGAUACUAUAAAAAUAUGAAAAGAAUUUCACGAUUUUUUCUAAUAUGUCUACUGAUUCUACGGUCACACAUAAACAUCCAACCAGAUUUCAAUUGUUUUUCAAACAAAAGCAUUCAGGAGUCGUUACGCAUGAUUUCAUUUUACUUUAUUUAUAAUGAAUAUAAUAUAUGGGCAAUUAAAAACCGUUUGCUCUAAAUAUACUACUACCAUUUAUUU